AGACGCCAUGUCGUAGUGUUAUGACGUUCGGGGCCAAUGCAUCCCGAUGAAGUCGCUUCACUUCUGGUCGCAUAGUGGUGUAGUUUGUCUGAGAAAAUGACGGCUCGUUUCGACUAAAACGAGAUUCUAUCUCAUCAUCUACCUCGCUAUGCUUCCAAAGAUGUGUCGUCUGUAUGUUAACGCGUCGUUUGCGAGUAUUUCACCCGGGAACAUCGAAUCUGUGAAUGAGUUUCCAACUUUACCGAAGUGUCCAAACUUCUGGCGACCGUGAGGUUCAAGUCAAAGGACAUUUUAAUUGUCUCCCCAAAUCAAAAUGAGGAAGGUUAUGUUGCUGCUGUUCCUCUGUCACGCUGCAGCUGCACUGAUUCGCUCUCUGAAGUAUUUCUACACUGCUUCUUCUGGAGUCCCAAACUUCCCAGAGUUUGUGGUUGUUGGGAUGGUCGAUGACGUUCAGAUGUUUCACUAUGACAGUAAGACCAGGAGAGCAGAACCCAAACAGGACUGGAUGAGCCGGGUCACAGCAGACGAUCCACAGUACUGGGAGACACAGACUAAUAUCUCUGUGAGGGCCCAGCUGACCUUCAAAGUCAACAUUGAAAUUGCAAAGGAGCGCUUCAACCAAACUGGAGGUGUCCACAUUGUCCAGUGGAUGUACGGCUGUGAGUGGAACGAUGAGACUAAUGAGGUUAGUGGCUUUCAUCAGCACGGUUAUGAUGGAGAAGACUUUAUAUUAUUUGACCUGAGGACGGAGACAUGGAUCGCUCCAAAACAACAAGCUGUCAUCACCAAACACAAGUUGGAUCAUAGCGAAGAUUUGAUUGCACAGACAAAACACUACCUCACCCAGAUUUGUCCUACGUGGCUGAAGAAGUAUGUGGACUAUGGGAGGAGCUCUCUGCUGAGAACAGAGCUCCCCUCAGUGUCUCUCCUCCAGAAGACUCCCUCCUCUCCAGUCAGCUGCCACGCCACAGGUUUUUAUCCUGACAGUGCAGUGAUGUUCUGGAGGAAAGAUGGAGAGAAGCUUCGUGAGGGCGUGGACCGCCGAGAGAUCCUCCCCAACCACGAUGGAACCUUCCAGAUGAGCGCUGACCUGAAACCUUCAGCGUCUGAAGACUGGGGGAAGUACGAAUGUGUGUUUCAGCUCUCUGGUGAGAAGGACGUCGUCACCAAACUGGACAAAGCAGCGAUCAGGACCAACUGGGAGAGUCCUGUUUACAUUUACAUCAUUGUUGCAGUGGUUGUUCUCGCUCUCGCCCUCAUCGCUGCCGUUGGAUUCAUGAUUUACAAAAAGAAGAAUGACACGAGGACUUCAUCUGGCACUUCUCCCCAAAGAGUUUUGAUGAGAGCAUUGCCCCCAGCAGCGGAGAGUGCAUCAAGUGGUUCUAAUCAUUCUUCUAUAGCAAGUCUCGACAGCGACACUCCGUUGGUGAGGAUGCCUCAGGGCUCUGUCUGAAACAUCACCUGUAUGUGUAUUUAUGUACUGUAUGCCUUCAAAGCAAGCCUUGUUUGUGGACAUUUUUUAUAAACAUUUGCUUUUUUUUACUCAUGGUUUCACACAGUAUAACAUGUAAAUAGAAACAGAAUGUGAUAAUUUACAAAACUCUGAAAGCCCAUAUUUAACUGAAAAUAGCACAAAUACAACAUAUGAAAUAUUGACAGGUUCGUGUCUGCAGCUCUGUGGCAUCACGUCUUCUUUUAACAACACUCUGUAAGCGUUUGGCCAGUUCAGCGGCUGGACUCUUUUUACUCCGAAGCUGUGCUGUUAGAAUACGAGCAGAACGUGGUUUGACGUUGUCUCGCUGAAAUAAAGAAGACCUUCUCUGAAAAAAGAUGUCGUCUACUUGGCAGCACAUGUGGCUCCAAAGCCUUCAUAUGUUGUUUCAGCAUUAAUGAGGCCCCACCCCCCCCACCCCACAUCACAGAUGCUGGCUUUUGAAAUGUGCACAGAUAUACAAAUGCUGACUCGUCAGAUCACAGGACAGUUUUCCACUUCGCCUCAGUCCAUCUGAAAUGAGCUUGGGAUCAGCUCGGCGGUUUUGGAGUUUUACGUUGAUAAACAUUAUUCUUUAACUGUUGCACUAUUUGGAAGCGCAGUCUGUCAGCGAGUGGUGAACCCCCCCCCCAACGUUUCUUCAGAAAGACUUCGCCUCUCUGGGAGGCUUUUUUUUUUAAUACUCAGUCAUGUUACUCACCUGAUGUCAGCUAACCUAAUGAACUGUGAGAUGUUCCACCACCUGUUUUCUUUUAGCAUUUAACAACUUUUCCAGCGUUUUGUCGCCACUGUCCCAAUUUUUUUGACGUAUUGCUGGCAUCAAAUUCUAAAUGAGGAUAUAAUUUUCAAAAAACAAUGAAAUUUCUCAGUUUCAACAUUUGAUAUCUUGUUUUUGUGCUAUUUUCAAUUAAAUGUGGGCUUUCAGUCUAUGAAUGCUUGAAAAAAAAUGUUUAUAUAAAUAUUUUUUCACAUUAUUUUAUUACAUGAUGGUUCAACACAUUCAAGAUGUUUUUUUUUACUUUCUUUUGUGAGAGUUAAAGCAACAUGUAUAAGAACACUGUUCUAUUGUGGCUACUGUUCAGUAUUGGAAUUAAUUUGGAUUUUUACUCGCAUAUUAAAUGUGGUAAAAAUGGA